AUGUCCACACCAAAAGUCAUCCUCAUCACCGGCGCGUCAGGCGGCAUCGGGCGCGCAUGCGCCGUCGCCUUGUCUAAAGCGUUCGCGCCGCUCGUGCUCGUCCUCUCUGGCCGGCGUGAGGCAGAGCUGCAGGCGACCGCGGCCGCUUGUGCGCCUGGCACGACGGUCGAGGUCGUCGCUGGGGACGUGAGCGACGAGGCCGACGUGCGGAGGAUGUUUGAACUCGUGCAGACCAAGUACGGCCGGCUGGACGUGCUCUUCAACAACGCCGGCGUCGACCUGCUCAACUCGGUCCCGAUCGAGGACGCCGACAUGGCGACGUUCCGUAAAGUCCUAGACGUGAACGUCAUGGCUGCGGUGCAGACGACUGCCGCCGCCGUGCGGAUCAUGAAGGCCCAGUCCCCUCCAGGCGGGAGGAUCAUCAACAACGGGUCCAUCUCGAGCGAGAGCCCGCGGCCCGACUCGGCAGCGUACACGGUCAGCAAGCAUGCCAUCCUCGGCCUGACGCGCUCGACGAGCCUCGACGGCAGGAAGUAUGGGAUUGCAGCGACGCAGCUGGACAUUGGGAACGCGCAGACCGAUAUGGGCGGGCACGCGGCCAAGGGCUGCCGCCAGGCCGACGGGAGUAUCCGCCCCGAACCGAUGAUGGGGGUGAAGAACGUUGCGGACACGGUCGUGUUCGUCGCGGGGCUGCCCCUCGAGGCGGAUGUGCAGAGGCUGAGUAUCCUCGCUACUGGGAUGCCGUUCGUCGGGAGGGGUUAG